AUGAGCCGUCCGCCUAGCAUACCCUCACAUCCGGGUCCGCCACCCUCAUACACCCCCUAUCAAUCCACUCAUGCUUUGUCGUCGAGGCCAGAGUUGAUCACAUCUGAUCAUCAGGGUCGUCCUAGGGAUCACAAUCGACAUCAGCAUAAUCCACCCCAACUACCGAGUCUCCGCACUCUUCUGGAACCGGAACUGCUCGACAAGAAGUCUUCCAUCGCACCAUCGCGGUCAAAUAGAAAUCCAGGCGCCUACGGCUCGUCCUCGCGCUACGGAUCUUCAAGCCCGACGUUAAAGAGGCGGCAUGAAGCUGAUGCUCCUUCCCGAGGAUACCCAGAACACAAUGCUAUCGUUUCUCAAACGACAUACCACCAACGUCCGACUCCAUCCAUUCCCCACACCGAUUCGCAGUCUACAACUUCUUCAACAUCAAGCUCUGCCUUCCAGCAUAGUCGAUACGAGCCUCAUCGUCGCAAUAGUCAUGUACAACAUUCGCAUCAUGGCUCAAUGGGUACAGACUACAGAAUGCCUUUGUCUACGAAAGAAACAUUGGGGCCAGUUGCAAAUCAUGCCGCACAGGAUGAGCUAGCGGACCCAGACAGGCCUGUGAGACGACGGCUCGAUGGUUCUUCACGUGCUCCUAUUCGGGCGUCACGAUGUAUUGGCCAGCGCGACAUCCCAGGCGAGGGUGUCUGCUAUGUGUACGAGGACGGGACUUACUGUCGCGCAAUUAUCGAUGGAGAGCCGGUCAAUCCGUCUUGGGGCAUUACAAAAGCAGGCAAACCACGGAAAAGACUCGCCCAAGCCUGCCUUACUUGCCGCGAAAAGAAGAUUAAAUGCGAGCCGGGAUUCCCAAAAUGCCACCAGUGCGCGAAAUCGCAAAGAGUAUGUCGAGGUGGGCUUAAUCAGGCAGGCACAGACAAUGCGUCUGGUGAGACAUCGCCAUCGAAUGCCAUGCCAUCAUAUAAGAAUUCGUCGCUCGAAGGUCCAAGUCCCACAGCGAUCUCAUAUCGAAAUAAGGCUCCUGGAGAGCAAUCGGAACCAACUACGAAACCUGACGUUUGGAGUCUAAGCACACCCUUACGGCCCCGACCGUUUCGCACUAACCCAAACGCGGGCUCGAGAGACAUGUCUGUACAAUCAGAGCAAUCGGACUGGAGUGAAUCCAUGACCGAGCAGGGUCUCGAUGAUCCGCGACGUGGAUCUUACCAGGACCGACUAGCCAUCCAAUGGGAGCAAGAUCCCUUUGAAACAGAUCCCAGGCUUACCAUGCACCUUCUUGAUCUGUACUUUCUACACGCUGGCCGCGCGACCUAUGGAAUAUUUCCUCGCAGACCCUUUCUUGCAUGGGUUGAGUCCAAUCGUGACAAGGACCAAGACUCCUUGAUGCUCAUAUACUCAAUCCUAGCUAUGGGCUCGCUGUAUUCGGCUGAUCCGGACAAACGUGCUUUAGGAAAACGGUUUGCAUAUAUUGCUUCUUAUGCAGCAGAGAGGCGUUUCGGCAAGUUCAGUCUACAACUAUGUCAAACACGACUACUGCUUGCACUUUACUACUUUGCUCGAGGGAAAUCACAGGAAGCUUGGGACUUUUGUGGAGCGAGUCUCCGUGCGAUUGCUGCUCUCAAACUAAACACUGAGGAAGGCGUGAGAGAGCUCACAGAGCACGCGCGAGACCCCAUCUUCCAUUUCGAUCGCUCAACCUUUGAAGAAUGCUGUCGUCGUACUUUUUGGUCUGGAUUCUUGAUGGAGCGAUAUCAUGGAUUUCUCGGUGGAACUUUGUUUGUGAUCAGCCUCGAGGACGCUUUUGUGCGUCUGCCCUGUCGCGACAGCAUGUAUGAAGCAGCAACGCCGUCUGAAUCGCCAUUCUUCGAGGAAGCCCUUUACAGUGGACAAGUCCCUGCGAACACACCUUUAUUGGGGGACAUGGCGUACUCAUGCCUUAUCGCAGCGAUAUUUGGCGAUAUUUUCACCUUUACAGAACGAUCAGUUCGCCGGCCCGAGUACGGGUAUGAAGCACAUUACGAGCAAUUUUACACGAGGAUUUACGAAAGGCUAGCAGUAUGGCGGAACAUAUUGCCUGCCAACCUCCGAUAUAGCCCCCAAAACUUGGACGCCAGCACAGUCGAAGGCAAUGCAGGUGCUUUCAUUUCCAUACAUGCACUUCACCACGCAGCGCUCAUUCGUCUCAACCGCCACGUUCGCGUACGUGCUUUAUCCACAGACAAGUUACAGCGCAACGUCAAAGAAGCCAUUCGCAACGCAUCUAUUGUGCUAUCGAUGAUGCAUUCACUGGCCGCAAUCAACCGUCAACGACGUCUGGCAAACGGUACCUCCUCUGAAUUCCCUUACUCGACGCCAUUUCCCGGCCACGCACUUGUUCAGUCAAUAGACGUGCUGACCUCGGCUGGUACCUUCUCUACAUUGCCAGACCUACUAGCAUCCAUGACUGCGACAAUGUCAGGUAUGGAUGAGCUGGUCGACUUCUGGAAAUCGGCGCAGCCACAACAAAUAGUGAUUACCAACCGUCUCAGGCAGUUGUCAGAGGCCGCUGGACAGGAGCAGCGAGGUAUUCGGAAUGGGAGCCACGGAUCUUGCUGGAAACUUCCCGCGAGCAUGGAGCCAGCCCUUGGAAAUGACGAUGUGCUGUACAAGGUCGAUGAGCAAUUGCUGCUCGAUGUGGUCGGGCAGUUGGCCAGUCACACCUAA